GCAAGCAGGUGGCACUCACCUGAGGAGGAAACAGAGAGACCUCAGUCUGAGCUGCAUCAGCAUGUUCUCCUUCCUCACAGGUGGACGUCCUCCGGCUGAGGACAUCCCAGGCGGACGUCCUCCGGCUGAGGACAUCCACAUCACGCCGCUGCCUCCAGGAGUGCCUGCAGAGCCGGACCCUCAGCAGCCCGGAGCACCAGGCGCUCCGGGUGACGGCCUGGAGGAGAAGGAGGUGAUCCGGACCACACACUCCCACAGAGGGUCGUCCAGGACCGCCGUCUUCCUCUGCAGCCACGGCGACGAGCCGGCGCCGGCGCCCGCCACCUACUUCCAGCAGAGGGUUCCUGUUCCCGAGGACCGGAACACGAACCGGAUCAGCCUGAGGCGGCUCUGGGCCUUCACCGGUCCCGGCUUCCUGAUGAGCAUCGCCUACCUGGACCCGGGCAACAUCGAGUCGGACCUGCAGUCCGGCGCUAAAGCCGGCUUCAAGCUGCUGUGGGUGCUGCUGGGCGCCACCGCCAUCGGCCUGCUGCUGCAGCGCCUGGCGGCGCGGCUGGGCGUGGUCACCGGGAUGCACCUGGCCGAGGUCUGCCACCGCCACUACCGCACGGUUCCCCGGAUCCUCCUCUGGCUCAUGGUGGAGCUGGCCAUCAUCGGCUCCGACAUGCAGGAGGUCAUCGGCUGCGCCAUCGCUUUCAACCUGCUGUCAUCUGGCAGGAUCCCUUUGUGGGGCGGUGUCCUCAUCACCAUCAUGGACACCUUCGUCUUCCUCUUCCUGGAUAAGUACGGUCUGAGGAAGCUGGAGGCCUUUUUCGGUUUACUCAUCACCCUCAUGGCCGUCACCUUCGGAUACGAGUAUGUGACGGUGGGUCCGGACCAAGGCCAGCUGCUGAAGGGGAUGUUCGUGCCGUACUGCGAGGGCUGUGGACCCGUCCAGCUGACUCAAGCCGUCGGCAUCGUGGGCGCCGUCAUCAUGCCUCACAACAUCUACCUCCACUCCGCUCUGGUCAAGUCCCGAGAAGUGGACCGGUCCAACAGGAAGGAGGUGAAGGAGGCCAACAAAUACUUCUUCAUUGAGUCGAGUAUGGCGCUGUUCGUCUCCUUCCUCAUCAAUGUCUUCGUGGUGGCUGUGUUUGCUGAGGGGUUCUACGGGCGUACCAACCAGGAGGUGUUCCACGUCUGCAACCAGACAGGGAGCCCUCACUCACACCUGUUCCCCCUGAACAACCACACCCUGGAGGUGGACAUCUACAAGGGGGGUGUGGUGCUGGGCUGCUUCUUCGGCCCGGCGGCGCUCUACAUCUGGGCCGUGGGGAUCCUGGCUGCCGGGCAGAGCUCCACCAUGACUGGAACCUACUCCGGACAGUUCGUCAUGGAGGGCUUCCUGAACCUGCGCUGGUCGCGGUUCGCCCGGGUGCUGCUGACCCGCUCCAUCGCCGUCACCCCCACCCUGCUGGUGGCCGUCUUCCAGGACGUGCACAGCCUGACGGGCAUGAACGACUUCCUGAACGUGCUGCAGAGCAUGCAGCUGCCCUUCGCCCUCCUGCCCAUCCUCACCUUCACCAGCCUGCCGGCGCUCAUGAGCGAGUUCGCCAACGGACUGGUGUUUAAGGUCGGGGGAGGUGUGGUGGUCCUGAUCGUGUGUGCCAUCAACAUGUACUUCGUGGUGGUUUAUGUGACGGAGCUGCACAGCGUGUGGAUCUACGUGACGGCGGCAAUACUCUCCGUGGCGUACCUGACGUUUGUGGGAUAUCUGGCCUGGCUGUGUCUCAUCGCUCUGGGGGUGUCCUGGCUGGACUUCACCCUCAAGAGGGGGACCGACUCCACCGUCCUGAUCGAGCAGCAGCCCGAGUUCGAGACCUGAGUCUGAGGUGGACGUCUGGAGAGGCUCGGUUCUUCAGUCGCCGUUUGGUGCUGCGCCUCCAAACUGUUUGUGUCGAAGAUGCUUCAAAGCAGAACUUUGCAACUUUUUUACCUCAAUAAAUGUGUUUCAGAAUCCCUG